GGACAGUCUCUCUUCUGACUCAGUAUUGAUUUUGCAACAAUAACAAAGAUCCAAAAAACAAACGAAAGACAACGCAAAUCAGCAGUGAAAAACUUGGGGAUCCGGAAUGGCGAAAUCCAUUCUGCAUCUGGGGCUCCUGCUCCUGUUCUUGCUGGGAACCUGCCGCAUGAUCCGUUCCAGCGACAUCACAGACAAGGUCUUUGGCAAUAUCCGUGAGGGAAUCGUGGCAGCCUUCGGAGACUUCAAUUCGGACGAAUUCACAGACGUUUUCGUCAUUGGCGACAAGAUGACAUCGCUACGAAUACUCUACGGUCACUACACGGAGCCUCUGCUGAGGAUGGGUCCCUAUUGCGAAUACGAUGGUAAAAAAAUUGUAAGCGUCAUUCCUGGAGACUUUGAUGGCGACGCCCAGAUGGAUGUCCUGAUCAACAUUAAAAGUAGUGACGGCCAGGCGGCAUAUGAUGUAUAUAUCAAUUGGGGCAACACCACAGAGCUCCAAUGCGCACACGAGCCCCUAUUUUCCAGCCGGGGUGAGGUAAUGGCCAUGGACUUUAACCGGGACAUGAUCAUCGAUCUCUACGGACUGGAUUCAAAUAACGAACGGACAUUUUGGAUAUUCAACAGCAGUAGAAAAGCACCGGAAGUACGCCACCAGGCGGAACCAACGGGCUUAACUUCAAACACCUUGGCCAUUCCAAAUGCCAAUGCCUAUCUUGAUUUCAACGGUGAUUUCCUAGCCGAUCUGUUCCUUCAGACAAAAGAUUCGUAUGAGGUGUGGUAUGGGGUCAACGAACGCGAUAAACAGGAAAACUUUAGCUACAAGUACGAAAUUAAGUUCCAGCCCAUUGGACGAAAUGAUUACCAUGUCGGUCAGGCUGUUUUCAUGGAUUUUGAACUGAAAGGAGAGCAGAAUAUUGUUGUUCCGUUUUGCAUCUAUGCCAACUGUAGGAACUCAUCGAUUAUGGUGCACGAUGGCAUGGAUUUUCGUAUUCUGCCGGUCGAUUUUCGUGAUCCACUGGGCGUUACAUGGACCUUUGUUCCCCCCGAUCCUGACGACAUUUAUUUGAGAACAAUUACGGCGCGUAGUGGCGAUUUUAAUCUGGACGGGUAUCCCGAUCUGUUGAUCACGCUCCAGCCGUUAACUGUCGGGAAACCGACGUUCACGCAGACGUUCCUGCUGGAAAACGUAGCGUGUACUUCGUGCCACAAUCCCUCGAAGCGUACGUUCGAGGUUCGUUGGAACGCUCUAUCUCCGAUGGGUAAUAAUACAGUGGCUGGAGCUUUCUAUGACUUCUACCAGGAUGGUGUUCUGGAUGUAAUACUCAUCCGAAAGAAUCAAGCCGGCGUCUACCAACCCCUAGCUUUCCUCAACACUCUAGAUUACGAUGCCAACUUUGUUAAGGUAAUUGUGUUAACUGGACUGGACAACAAACAGAACCCGGAACGUCGAACGGCUCUGGGCAGGAAACAGCGCACCUAUGGAACUAACUUGCCUGGCCCUCGGAUCACGUACAGCACAAUAACUCAAGAUGGUGAUCAGCAGUGUGGGAGUAGUGUCCAAUUGCCCCAGGCAUCAUACUUUGCCCUACAGCUGCCAUACACGUGCUUUGGCCUGGGUCGAACGCCCAAUUUUGUGGACAAACUGACUGUGGGUCUGGGUAGCAAGUAUCGCAAUUUUACCCAACUUAUACCCAACUCACAGAUUAUAGUUGUGCCAAAACCGUUGGACUCGCCAUCGCACUGGAAGGCGCAGCUGUUCGUAACGCCCAGUAAGCUUAUCCUAAUGAGCGUUGUUGCCCUGGGUGGCACCUGCCUAGUUAUCGUCUUCAUUAUCCUUGUUUUGUAUAUUAAAGAAAAACGCGAGGAUAAACAGGAGCGGCUGCAAGAGUCUCACAGGUUCCAUUUUGAUGCAAUGUAGAGGGUCGCAAAUCAUAAAUAUAAUAUAAGUAUUUCUUUUGAUGCCCUGAAGUGGUUCAAAAUAAUUUAACAUUUAAAAUUGUGUAAUAAAAUAAUUAUUUAAGGAUUCUAAUCUGUUGGUAUCAUGUUUUUCUACCGGAAUGUAUAUAAAAAGCAAUUACAGACAAAUUUCUCGUGCUAUUUUUCGGAAAAAUCAUUCCCAUUAUGGUACCAGCAGGAUGUAUCCUUUACUCUAAUAUUUAUAAAUGUAUAUGAUUUAAAAAAUGUGAUAAUAAUAACGUACAUUUGUUCCAAAA